AUGGGUUUCCAAGGAAAAUGGCUUUCUGUGAGUGUUCUUGUUCUCUUCAUUGUUCUUGAUCUUAGCAUGUUUGCUCUUGGUGAUCACAAGCUUGACCAAGAAAGGUAUGGAGAUGAUUAUUGCCGAUAUAGACGUGGACCUCGCUGUAGAGGUUGGGGUGGUCGCCGCGGUGGUGGUGGUUUUGGAGGUGGAGGUGGAAGAGGAGGAGGCUUUGGCGGUGGUGGAGGACUAGGAGGAGGUGGUGGUGGUCGAGGAGGUCUUGGGGGUGGUGGAGGAGGAGGUAGAGGCGGUGGAGGUGUAGGUGGUGGAGCUGGUGGAGGCCUUGGUGGUGGUGGUGGAGGAGGAAGUGGCGGUGGAGGUGGAUUGGGUGGUGGCUCUGGGCAUGGUGGAGGUUUUGGUGCUGGUGGAGGUGUAGGAGGUGGAGCUGGUGGAGGCAUUGGUGGUGGUGGAGGAGGAGGUAGUGGCGGUGGAGGUGGUUUAGGUGGUGGUUCAGGGCAUGGUGGAGGAUUUGGCGCCGGUGGAGGUGUUGGUAGUGGAGCUGGAGGAGGCAUUGGUGGCGGUGGAGGAGGAGGCGGUGGUGGUGGAGGUGGAGUGGGUGGUGGCUCAGGACAUGGUGGUGGAUUUGGUGCUGGUGGAGGUGUAGGCGGUGGAGCUGGAGGGGGCAUUGGUGGUGGCGGUGGUGGAGGAGGAGGUGGUGGUGGUGGAUCAAAUGGUGGCUCAGGGCAUGGUGGAGGGUUUGGAGCUGGUGUUGGUGGUGGUUCAGGAGGCGUAGGUGGUGGAGGUGGUGGAGGCGGUGGGGGAGGAGGAACAGGCGGAGGUUCGGGACAUGGUGGAGGCUUUGGUGCAGGUGGUGGUGUAGGAAGUGGAAGUGGAGCAGGUAUAGGUGCUGGUAGUGGUCAUGGUCAUGGUGGUGGAGGAGGAAUCGGUAUAGGAAUUGGUAUUGGAAUUGGGGUAGGAUCAGGAUCUGGCCAAGGAUCUGGUACCGGUACCGGUUCUGGUGGUGGAGGUGGUGGUGGUAAACAUUAA